AGGUUUAGCAGAAAGAUGGCAGAAGAAGCUCCAGCAGCGGUGAAAGCCCCGGCGAAAGCCCCGAAGAAGAAGUGCUCCCGGGCCAAGAAGGACGGACCCAGCCUGUCCAAGCUGAUCGUGGCCGCCGUGGCCGACUCCAAGGAGCGCAAGGGAGUUUCUCUGGCGGCGCUGAAGAAGGUGCUGGCCGGGAAGGGCGUGGAUGUGGCCAAGGCCAACAAGCGCAUCAACACGGCCGUCACCAAGCUGGUGACCGGAGGAACCCAGCAGACGAAAGGCACCGGGGCCUCGGGCUCGUUCAAGCUCGCCAAGAAGGAGCCCAAAGCGGCCAAGCCGGCCAAGAAGGUGGUGAAGAAGAAGGCUCCGGCCAAGGCCAAGAAGCCCGCCGCCAAGAAGGCCAGCACCCCCAAGAAACCCGCCGCCAAGAAAGCGGCGGCAGCGGCCAAGAAGUCCCCGAAGAAGGCCUCGGCCAAGAAAGCCGCCGCGGCCGCCAAAAAGGUGCCCAAGAAGCCCCAAGAGGCCGCCGCCAAGAAGCCGAAGGCCGCCAAGAAGCCCGCGGCCAAGAAGGCGCCAGCCAAGAAGCCCGCAGCCAAGAAGGCCAAGAAGUGAACAUCUGGCCCCGACACCGCUUCACGCACCAAAGGCUCUUUUCAGAGCCACCACCUGCACACGUUAAGGC